UCAAAAACGACAAAAAAACCGGAUUCAUCCCAAGCGUUCUGUACUUUAUAAAAGUUUAUUUAUUUAUUGUUUUAUUAAAAGUGUCUUAAAAGUGUCUUAAAAUGUUAACAACAAUUUAGUGUUUAGUGAUAGAAUAAUAUUUAAUUAACCUUGUUAUUAACAAAGAAAAAAAAACAAUGUUUUUCCAGAUAAAUGUUACUCCAGAGGCAAGGAAGCCUCAAAAAUUGUCAACAGAUCAUUCAGAGCCCCAGUCAGUUCUGGUUUUGGCGCCAUUUCAGCCUCAAACUCAUAUAAAUCUUGAGACAACUGUCAAUUCAUCAGCAUCAACAACAUUGUUGAUUAAAAAUCCAGGCAAUCGACAGCUAGAUGUUAAAGUCUCAAAGCUGCCUCCAGAUGAGAGAAAAAUAUUGUUAAAUCCAUGGACAGUAAGCAUUCCAUCUGAGAGUCAAGCAGAGCUAACAAUAUCAUGGACUCCAAAAGAAGCUGGAUCAUGGCGUGAUACACUACAAUUGAUUGAUUCACGUAGAAUAAAACAUGACAUUGCCAUUAUAACAACAGCUACUCAAGCAAAAAAAAUACAAACAAAAACAAAAACACGAAUUCUUGCACCAACAAAUGAUAAUCAACAAACAUUUAACAAUAAUCAACAAUCAUUAUCAUCAUUAAAAUGUCAAGAAAAUAAAGAAAAUAAUUGUCAAAAAAGAUCUGAAAGAAAACACUUUGAUGUAUCAUCAAAACCAACUGAAAUAUCUGGUAUAUUUGAUAUAAGUAGCUAUCAAUUAACACCAAUUAAAAAUGAUAAAAAUCGUGUUACAUCGACAAUAACAUCAGACAUAAAAUUUUCUCCUGGUAAUGGUAUAACAUCACCAAAUAAUAAUCAUGAAUAUCAACUACGUCGUGAGACAUUUGUACAUCCAAAUAUUCAUCAUGAAUUACCAUCACCAUUUGAUGAUAGUGAUGUUGAUCCACGUCGUGAAACAUAUGUUAAUCAAAAUCCAAAAUUUUAUAAAUAUAAAUGUACAAUUAAGGAAGUUGAAAAAGAAAUUUACGAUGAUGAUUAUCGUUCAUAUUCACCAGAACCAACAACAUUUAAAGCAACACAUUCUGAUUUUUCAAUGAUGAUUGAUAAUUUAGCAAAUUUUGUAACACCAAUUAAAACAAAUAGAUUAUCAAUAAAUGCAUGUUCAACUGGACAAAAAAGCGAUACAGAUAAAUCAAUUGGAAAUACAACAUUUGAAAUAAAUUCAUCUGAUGUUGUUGUAAAUAAUAAUGAAACAUUUGAGUAUGAUAAAUCACCAAUAAGACCAACCAGUAUCAAUUUACAACCAAAUAAACUUGUUGAUAAUUUUGGCAAAAUAUCACCAGUUAAAGGUAUGGAUUCAUUGAUUAUACCAGCAACUCCAAUAUCAUCAUCACCUGUAUCUCGAUAUCAGUAUGGUGAAAAUGUAUCAGUUAGAGAUGUUCUUGAAGCUGAUCUUUGGGUUAAAAAUCAAGAUACAGCUUAUCAUCAUCAUCAUCAACAACAACAACAACAACAACAACAACAACAACAACAGCAAGCAUCAUCAUCUGUAUUUCGUAGUAAAUGUAAUGGUCUUGAUAAAAUUAUUGAAGAACAAGUUACAUUUACAACACAAACAUUUACAAGAACAUUAAAUUAUUCAUCAUCAAAUCAAUCAGCAUUUUGUUUUGAAAUAUCACCAACAAAAAGAGUUAAUAUUAAAAAAUCAAUGUCUAUAAAACGAUCAUCUACAACAUCAACAUCAACGUCUAUCAAACGAAUAUCACCAAAAAAAACAUUAAAAAUAAAUAAAGAAAAAUCAAUAUUACAACAUUCAGUUAUUAAAAAAAAAUCAAUUGUUAAUAAUUCAAUUAGAAAAAGUCCUGGAGGUGGAUGUACAAUACCACCAGUUAGAAUAAAAAAAUUAUCAUUAGCUGGUUUAAAUAAAACAGUUGUAAAACCACAAAAGAAAGAAACAAUUGUUAAAAUGUAUGAUCCAAAUGAUUUUAUAUUUCAUAAUCCAGAUCCAUUUGCUGCAACAAUGACUGAGGAUCCAUUUCUAGCAAGUACACUUUAUUAUGAUGAAAAAUGGAUAUUUCAACAAGAAAUGGAAUUUAAAAAAUGGCUUAAUGAAUUAUUAACACCACCUGAACAUUUAAAUACUGAUAUUGAUACAGUUAAAAUUGAUAUUGCUAAAGUAUGGCAAUCAUCAAGAUUAAAAGAUAAUAUAACACUUGCUGAAACAAAAGAAGUAUCAGCAAGAUAUCAUACAAAUACAAGAUUAAAUACAUUAAGAAAAGCAGCACUUGCUAUUUUUACACGUGCUGAAGUUAGAAAAGUAUUAUCAUCAACAGCUGGACUUGUUGAACGUGGUAUAUUUGUUGUUAGACAAGAUCGUGAUCUUAAUCGUGAUAUUGGAUUACAAAAAAUAAUACUUGAACUUUUAUUAAGUUAUAAUCCGUUAUGGCUAAGAAUUGGUCUUGAAGUUAUUUAUGGUGAAACAAUACCACUUAAUUCAAAUAAUGAUUUAAUUGGAUUAACAAAAUUUUUAUUAACAAGAUUUUUUAAUGAUCCAUUCAUACAACAAAAACAUUCACAUCCAUUAACGACACUUAAAUUAUCAUCAUUUUUACCAAAUUUAAACAAAUUUAUUGUUAAAAAAUUUUUAUUAUUUGUUUAUUUUGUUGAUUAUGCAAAAAAUAAUAAAUUAAUUGGUCAUGAUCCAUGUCUUUUUCAUAAAACAACAUACAAAGAAAGUCGAGAAAUAUUAUUGACAUUUUCACGUGAAACAUUGAGUGGUGUUGGUGAUAUAACAAAAAUAUUAAGAACACAUGGUUAUAUUGUUACACAAAAACAAACAUAUAUUGAUGAAUAUGAUUAUGCUGUAAAAGAUUUAUCAGUUGAUUUACGUGAUGGUGUUAGAUUAUGUCGUGUUAUGGAAUUAAUAACUGGACUUAAAACAUUAACUGGUUGUCGUGUACCAGCAAUAUCACGUUUACAAAAAAUUCAUAAUGCUGAACUAGCAUUAACAGCAUUACGUGAUUCUGGUUAUAUUAUUGCUGGACAUAUUGAUGCUAAAGCAGUUGCUGAUGGUCAUCGUGAAAAAACAUUAUCACUUCUUUGGCAAAUAAUUUAUAAAUUUCAAGCACCAAGAUUUUCAAAAUCAGCAAUGAUUAUACAAAAAUGGUGGCGAUCAAAAUUAUGGUAUAUUAAAAUACGUAAUGUUUUAAAAAAUAGAAAAUUAAAUGCUGCUAUUGUUAUUCAGUGUUCUUGGAGAAGUUUCAAGGCACGUCAAUUAAUGAAAACACUAAAAAAUCAACGACAAACUGAAAUUAUCAAGAAAAAUAAUGCAGCAAAAAUUAUUCAAACUUGUUGGAGACAAAGAAAAAUUAUGUUAAAACUUAGACAUGAAUUUUUGGAUACUCAAAAAGCUGUUGUUGUUAUUCAAAAAUGGUUUAGAAGACUUCGAAUAACUCGUCCGUAUUGUCAGCAGCUUGAAGCAAAGAAAAAUGCAAUUAUUACUAUUCAAAAACAUUGGCGAGCAACUCGUAUGAUGCUAAUUGAACAAAAAAAAUACAAUAACAUUCUAAAGUCUGUUAAUUCAAUUCAGCUAUGGUGGAGAAAUGCCUCAGCAUCAAAAAGACAAUUUAACAAUUACCAAAAACUCAAAACAGCUGUAUUAUUUGUUCAAUCAAGAUGGAGAGCCAAUAAGUCAAUGAAAAUUACAAAAUCAUUGUACAUGAAAAAACAAAAAGCCACAAAAAUUAUUCAAAGCUGGUGAUGAAGUGUUGCUCAAAUGAAAAAAGUUAGACAUAAUUUUGUUAUUCAAAAAAGUGCUGCUAGAAUUAUUGCUUCAUGGUGGAUUCGUGUAAAACUACUAGAAUCACAACGUAAUGAAUUUUUAACUGUUAAAAAAAAUGUAAUAGUCAUUCAGCGAGCUUGGAGACGUCAUCAUGAGACAAAAAAUCAUGUCUUGUAUUUCAAGAAAGUUUACAACUCAUCAAUUGUCAUUCAGACCUGGUGGUGAUGUGUUAAAAUUCAAAAUGAUUAUAAACAAAAAAAAAAUAGUGCCAUUGUCAUUCAGAGCUGGUUCAGAGCAAUCAUUAACAAACAGGUAGCACAGAAAAAUUAUAAUUCAUUGAAAAAAGCUGUAGUAAUUAUACAGAAAAAUUGGAGAAUGAAAUUGAGCAAGAAAAAAUAUUCCUCAAUGAAAGAGAGUGCUUUGAAGAUUCAAAGAUGGUAUAGAAAUAUCAAAAAAUCAAAAUCAAUUCGUUUGGAGUAUCUUGCAAUGAAAAAAUCAGCAGUUUGUAUCCAAAGCUGGUGGAGAUGUUUGAAGAAAACUUGGUAUUAUCGUUCAAAGUAUCUUGAAAUUAAAAAUGCAACAAUGGUGAUACAAAACCAUUGGCGUGCUGAGCUUUUAUCAAGAAAAGAAUCACAAGAAUAUCAAAGAAUAAAAAUGUUUAUUAUUAAAUUUCAAAGUCAACUACGAAUGGUACAAGUUCAAAGAAGCUAUUUAGAAAAAUUAAAACGUCAUAAAGCUGCAAUAAUAAUCCAAAGAAAAUGGCGAGCUUAUAAAAUUGGUACUGAGAUUAAAAAUUAUUAUAAUAAACAACGUUCAGCUGUUAUAAUUAUUCAAAGAAAAUAUAGAGCAACAAUUGCAGCUCGUGAAGCUAAAAAAACAUAUCAACAUAUUCUUGAAAUAAUAAUUAAAACACAAAGAAAAUGGAGAGCUAAAAAAAUUGGAAAACAAAUACAAGAAAAUUAUAUUAAAAUUCAUAAUGCAACUUUGAUUAUACAAAGAAAAUAUCGAGCUACUGUUAAAGCAAGAGAAGUUAGAAAUGAAUAUUUAAAACUUCAUGAAAUUGUUGUUAAUUUACAAAAUCGUUGGAGAGCAAAUAAACUUUGUAAACAAGAAAAAAUGAAUUAUCAAAAUAUUCGUAAAUCUUGUAUUUGUCUUCAAGCAAAUUGGAAAAUGUUAUUAGCAAAAAGACAAUUUGUUAAACAAAAAAAUGCAGCGAUAAUUAUUCAACGAAAAUACAGAGCAACAAAAUUAGCUUGUCAAGUUCAAAAAGAUUACAAACUUCUUCAACAAUUGACAAUUAAAUUGCAAAGAAUUUGGAGAGCUAAAAAAGUUGGUAAAUUAGUUUUGAAUAAUUAUAUUCAACAGCGAAAAGCAUGCAUUGUUAUUCAAAAAAAUUGGCGAAUGAUUGUUACAAGAAGAACAUAUGAAAAACAAAAACUUGCUGUUGUAUUUAUUCAAAGAAAAUAUCGAGCAACAAUUGAAGCCAGAGAGUCAAGGCAAUCGUUCCUGAAUCUUCGUGAUGCUGUUGUCAAGAUUCAACGAAAAUGGAGAGCCAAAAUUCUAGCAAAAAAAUGUCAUCAAGAGUAUCAACAACUUUAUCAAGCUUCUAUUUGUCUACAGUCACAAUGGCGAAUGAUAAAAGCUCAAAGAAAUUAUAACAAAAUAAAAAAAUCUGUUAUAAUUAUACAAAAUUAUUGGAGAACAUUUUUAAUUUCUCGACAAACAAGAGCUCAUUAUUUGGCACUUAAAAAAUCAACAAUAAAUAUACAACAACGUUAUCGUGCCAAAUUAACUGGUCAAAAAAUUCGUAAAAAUUACAUCAAAUUUUAUGCAAGUAUCAUCUCAAUUCAGCAACAAAUACGUGUUAAAUUACACAAAGAAAAAUGUGAAAAAGCAGCAUCUGUGAUACAAAAUUGGUGGCGAUUAAAAAAAUUAACUGAAAAAUGUCAAAAUGAUUUUAAAUUAAAACAAAAAUCAAUAAUAAUUAUUCAACAAAGAUAUAGAGCCUACAAAAUUGCCAAAAAAAUACACAAUGAUUAUAAUAAUUUAAAAAAAUCAGUAAUAAAAAUUCAAAUAUUAUGGCGUUAUAUUUAUAAGAAAAAAUGUCAAAGACAGCUGGACAAUAUUGAAAAACAAAAAUUAAAAAAAAUAAUAAAAAGUGUUAUAUUGAUACAAUCAAUAUGGCGUGGUUAUAAAAUACGUAAAAUUGAAUCACCAAUAAUUGCAAAACUUCGUGAACGUUCUAAAAAAGCAACUGAAUUAGCAAAACCAUCAUCAAGUGUUGAAAAUAAACUACGUGAUGCAAUGAUUGUAUUACAAAAUUAUAAUUCAGUUGGUCAUUUAUCAAUGGGAUUAGCUUGUAUUGAUACAUUAACACGUUUAUCACCAUCUGGAUGUUUGUCAUUUUGUGAAAAUAGUUUGGGAAAAAUAUAUACAAUAUUAGAAGAAUCAAAUCGUUCAUUACCAUGGAUGGAUGUUUGUUUACGUUGUACAAAUAUAUUAAUAACAUUAACAAAAUUACCAACAACAUCACAUUAUACAAGAGAAAUAUAUUACAUGGAAACAAUUGCUAGAUUAUUAAAUGCAACAAUAAAACGUGAACAUGAAUUAUUUCUUCAUCUUGCAACAUUAUUAUGGUUAAUUGCUGGUGAUGAUAAUUUUGCCCAAGAAAUUAUUAAUAAUCAACGUACAAUUUGGCUUAUUAAAAAUAUUUGUGGUACAGCUGUUAAAUAUAACAAUGGAAAAGCAAAUGGACAAUUAACAAUUUCUGGUGGUAAAAGAACAAUGUCAGUUGAAAAAACAAUUUUAUUACCAAACACAAGACCUGACUGGGGAUUUGUAACAAAACGUCCACGUAUUUUUACAACAAUUCAUCAUGCCAUAAGUGCCCUAAUGGCCAAAUUUAAAAUAACACAAGGAUUUCAAUGAUUUUUUUUAUUUUUAAAUAUUUAUAAAUAUUAUAAUAUUUUAGUUUAUCUAAUAAUUAAUUGGAAUGUUUUUUUCUUUUUUUUUUAAUAUUUAUUAUUAUAUUGAUCGAAAAACUUUGUUAAUUACCAGUGGAAUGUUUGGUUUUUUUUUAU